AUGGCAAACAAAGCACUGAUUGCGUAUGCUCACCAGAGCUCUGGAUCAUUCAAUGCUGCAGCUACAAAUGCUGCUGUGGAGGUUCUGACUGCUCAGGGCUGCACAGUGGAAGUCUCUGACCUGUGUGCCAUGAGUUUUAAAGCCACUGCUACAGCUGAGGACAUCAAAGGAGACUUGAAGAAUGCUGAGAACUUCUGUUAUCUUGAUGAAUCCAAACUUGCAUGGGAGCAAGGAAAACUUUCAGAUGACAUCACAAAGGAACAAGCUAAACUAGCUGAGGCAGAUUUGUCCCUCUUUCAAUUCCCCAUGUACUGGUUCAGUGUUCCUGGCAUCCUGAAGGGCUGGCUUGAUCGGGUGCUCACCAAUGGCUUUGCCUUUUCACAAGAGAAACCCUACAGCCUGGAAACCUUCAAGGUGAGAGUCCAAUGA